AUUAACCCAAAGUGUUGGGCGGAGCGACCAAUGAGCUCUCCUCGUGACACUCACGUGAUUUGUAAACAGGAAGUGUCUGUUCUCCACUGCAGUGGAUCAGGCCAUCACAGAGGAGACCUGCUGUUGUUUUCCUCAUCAUGGUGGAUUUUCUGGCAGAGAAUAAUCUGUGUGGACAAGCCAUACUGAGAAUUGUGUCCAGAGGAAAUGCCAUCAUAGCAGAAUUACUGAGACUGUCAGAUUUUAUUCCAGCUGUUUUCAGACUCAAAGACAAGAGUGACCAGCAGAAAUAUGGAGACAUAAUAUGUGACUUCAGUUACUUUAAAGGUCAGGAGUAUUAUGAGAGUAAGCUGGAAGCAAAGCCAGAGCUGCAGGAUUUGGAUGAGGAAUUUCGGGAAAACAACAUUGAAAUAUUGACACGGUUUUACCUGGCCUUUGAGAGCGUCCAUAAAUAUGUGGUAGACUUGAUAAGGUACUUGGAUGACCUGAAUGAAGGGGUUUAUAUACAACAAACACUGGAGACCGUUUUACUAAAUGAAGAUGGAAAACAACUCCUGUGUGAAGCUCUGUAUCUCUAUGGAGUCAUGUUACUGGUCAUUGAUCAGAAGAUGGACGGAGAGGUGAGAGAGAGAAUGCUGGUGUCUUACUACAGAUACAGUGCUGCUCGCUCCUCUGCCGACUCCAACCUGGAUGACAUCUGUAAGCUCUUACGCAGCACAGGUUAUUCCAGCAACCCGGGAGCCAAACGGCCACCCAACUACCCCGAGAGUUACUUUCAGAGAGUUCCCAUCAGCCCCACCUUCAUCAGCAUGGUGAUCGGUCGCCUGCGCUCCGACGACAUUUACAACCAGGUUUAUGCAUAUCCUCUGCCGGAGCAUCGCAGCACAGCUCUGGCCACACAGGCGGCGAUGCUCUGUGUCUGUUUAUACUUCAGCCCCUCCAUCCUGCACACACAGCAGGCCAAGAUGAGAGAGAUUGUGGACAAAUACUUCCCAGACAACUGGGUAAUAAGCAUAUACAUGGGGAUCACUGUGAACUUGAUGGAGGCCUGGGAUCCAUAUAAAGCUGCUAAAACAGCCCUUAACUAUACACUUGAUACAGCCAACAUCAGAGAACAGUCCGGUCGAUACGCUGCCAGCGUUGAGAGUCUGCGGCCACAGGUACAGCAGUUGUUGAAGGAGGGCUUCCUAAGAGAAGAAAUCGUCUUGGAUAACAUUCCCAAACUGCUCAACUGCCUUCGUGAUUGUAACGUCGCCAUCCGAUGGCUGAUGCUGCACACUGCAGAGUCUGCGUAUGAUCCAAACAACAAGAGAUUGCGUCAGAUCAAAGAUCAAGUCAUCAACGACUCCAAAUACAACCCCAAAAUUCUGUUUCAGCUGCUUCUGGAUACAGCACAGUUUGAGUUCAGACUUAAAGAGAUGUUCAAGCAGAUGUUGGCAGAGAAACAGCUCAAGUGGGAGAGCUAUAAGAAAGAAGGUUCAGAGAGAAUGAUGGAGCUUGCUGAGGUGUUUUCUGGGGUCAAACCGCUCACCAGGGUGGAGAAAAACGAAAACCUUCAGGCCUGGUUCAGAGAGAUCUCCAAACAGAUCGAAUCUCUCAACUACGAAGACUCGACGGCCGCUGGCAGGAAAACUGUGCAACUCAUUCAGGCUCUAGUGGAGGUGCAAGAGUUUCAUCAGCUGGAGUCGAACCUGCAAGUUUGUCAGUUCCUGGCGGACACGCGCAAGUUCCUCCAUCAAAUGAUUCGCACCAUCAACAUCAAAGAGGAAGUUCUCAUUACUAUGCAGAUAGUUGGGGAUUUGUCUUACGCCUGGCAGAUCAUUGACAGCUUUACUUCGAUAAUGCAAGAGAGCAUUAGAGCAAACCCCUCAAUGGUGACCAAACUCAGAGCCACUUUUCUAAAGCUGGCUUCUGCCCUGGAUUUGCCUCUGUUGAGGAUCAACCAGGUCAACAGUCCUGAUCUACUCAGCGUUUCUCAGUUUUACUCCGGAGAGCUGGUGGCUUACGUCAGAAAGGUCCUGCAGAUUAUUCCAGAGAGUAUGUUCACCUCACUGGCCAAAAUCAUCAAACUGCAGACACAUGACAUUAUUGAAGUGCCCACACGUCUGGACAAAGACAAACUAAAGGACUACGCUCAGCUCAACGCCCGCUAUGAGGUGGCUAAACUCACUCAUGCUAUUUCAGUCUUUACUGAAGGCAUUCUGAUGAUGAAGACCACGCUUGUCGGCAUCAUCAAGGUGGAUCCAAAGCAGCUGUUAGAGGACGGUAUUAGGAAAGAGCUUGUGAAACGUGUCGCCUUUGCCCUGCACAAGGGUCUCAUCUUCAACCCCAAGGCCAAAACCAGCGAGCUGAUGCCCAAGCUAAAAGAAAUGGGUGCCACCAUGGAUGGAUUUUAUCGCUCGUUUGAGUACAUUCAGGAUUACGUGAGCAUCUACGGACUGAAGAUCUGGCAGGAGGAAGUCUCCCGAAUCAUUAACUACAACGUCGAGCAGGAGUGUAACAGCUUUCUCAGAACAAAGAUCCAAGACUGGCAAAGCGUUUACCAGUCCACCCACAUUCCAAUUCCUAAAUAUCCGCCAGUGGAUGAAUCCGCCACAUUCAUUGGACGUCUUUGCAGGGAAAUCUUAAGGAUCACCGAUCCAAAAACGACGUGUUAUAUUGAUCAGCUGAACACAUGGUAUGACAUGAAGUCACAUCAGGAAGUGACCAACAAUCGACUCUUUUCUGAGAUUCAGGGAACGCUGGGAACCUUCGGGCUGAAUGGACUCGACCGUCUCUUGUGUUUCAUGAUUGUCAAAGAGUUGCAGAAUUUCCUAUCAGUCCUUCAGAAGAACAUCCUAAAAGACAAAGCUGUGGUUGAUGUCUUCAAAGCUCUGCAGGCAACUGUCAGUCCUGUCAAAGGGAUUGUGGCAAAUGCAAGCAAAGUCUACGCCAACGCUGUGGCCAAAACUCAGAAGAUCUGGGCUGCAUAUCUUGAAUCCAUCAUGAAGGUGGGUCAGAUGCAGAUCUUGAGGCAACAGAUCGCCAAUGAACUGAACUACUCCUGCAAAUUUGACUCGAAACAUCUCGGUGCCGCGCUGGAUAAUCUAAACAAGUCUCUCCUAGCCGACAUUGAAGCACAUUAUCAGGAUCCAUCCCUGCCGUACCCCAAAGAGGAGAACACGCUUCUCUAUGAGAUCACGGCUUACCUGGAGGCCGCUGGAAUCCACAACCCAUUAAACAAGAUUUACAUCACAACGAAGCGUCUGCCUUUUUUCCCCACCGUGAACUUCCUGUUCCUCAUUGCACAACUGCCAAAACUGCAGUACAAUAAGAGCCAAGGAAUGGCUUGCAGGAAGGCUACGGAUCCGGUCGAUUGGGCUCCUCUGGUUCUGGGUCUCUUGACUCUGCUUAAGCAGUUUCACUCCAGAUACACCGAACAAUUUCUGGCUCUGAUUGGUCAGUUUAUUCGCUCCAUAAUGGAGCAGUGCACCAGUCAGAAGAUUCCAGAUAUGCCAUCAGAUGUAGUCGGGGCAUUAAUGUUUCUGGAGGACUAUGUGCGCUACACUAAACUACCCAGAAAGGUGGCGGAGGCUCACGUGCCAAGUUUCAUAUUUGAUGAAUUCAGAACUGUGCUGUAAAUGUGUGCUGAAUCAUAUUUGAUAACAACAUUCGUCUUUUUCUUGAAGCACUAAUGAAAUGAGCAACUAGAGUUUUGUAACAUUUAAAUUUUGUGUCCCUUUGUAAUACUGUUAUUGUCGCUGUUACUGAUCAAAUAUGUGUAAUAAAAUUCCCCAAUGUGUA